AAGCGUUUCUUUGUCUCUUCCUAGCUUGACACAGACCCUGGUACACUGUUAAACUCAUUCACUCUGAGAGAGUCCACGGUUUGUGACCCUUUCAUUCUAGUCUGUCAACAAUGGAGCGGAAGGUUGCUCGGGAAUUUAGACACAAGGUGGAACUACUGAUUGAAAAUGAAGCAGAGAAGGACUACCUCUAUGACGUCCUCCGCAUGUAUCACCAGUCGAUGGAUUUACCCGUGCUGGUCGGAGACCUGAAGCUGGUCAUCAAUGAUCCAAAACGCCUGCCACUGUUUGAUGCUAUUCGUCCUCUGAUCCCACUCAAACACCAGGUGGAAUAUGACCUACUUACCCCCAAGCGGUCACGGAAGCUCAAAGAGGUGCGCUUGGAUCGUACAAAUCAUGAAGGACUAGGCCUGAGUGUAAGAGGAGGGUUAGAGUUUGGCUGCGGUCUGUACAUAUCCCAGAUUGUUAAAGACGGUCAGGCUGCGAACGUGGGCCUCCAGGUUGGUGAUGAGAUUGUUCGAAUUAAUGGCUACUCCAUUUCCUCUUGCAUCCACGAGGAGGUGAUCAGUCUCAUUAAGACAAGGAAGAUAGUGUCACUCAAAGUCAGACAUGUUGGGAUGAUUCCAGUGAAAAGUUCUUCAGAUGAACCCCUCAAAUGGCACUUUGUUGACCAGUAUGUGUCUGAGUCAGGGGAGAAAAAGACCAGCAUUGCAGGCCUAGCAUCUAUUGGGGGAAAGGAAAUCAAAGAAAAGAAAGUGUUCCUCAGCCUUGUUGGUGCAAAAGGAAUGGGCAUUAGCAUCUCCAGUGGCCCCACACAGAAACCUGGCAUUUACAUCAGUAACGUCAAACCAGGGUCUCUCUCUGCCGAAGUUGGACUCGAGGUUGGAGAUCAGAUUGUGGAGGUGAAUGGGGUAGACUUCACCAUUUUGGAUCACGCAGAGGCUGUGCGUGUCCUUAAGAGCAGCAGGAGUCUGACUAUUACAGUUUUGACGGGAGCUGGCAGUGAGCUCUUCAUGACAGAUGAGGAGCGUUUACAACUGGAGGCUCGCAGGGAGUUGGAGCGACAGGAGCUGAUGCACCAGAAAAGGGCGGCACUAGAGACCAACAAAAUCAUCAAAGAGCAGCAGGAGAAGGAGAGGCAAAGAAAGAUGGAGAUUUCAAAGAAAGCUGCAGAAGAAGACGAUCGCUACAGAAAGGAGAUGGAGAAGAUUGAAGCAGUGGAGAGUAAACACAACAGAGAGUGGGAAGAAGACUGGGGAUCCAAAGACCGACCUAAAAGCCCACGUGCUCCAAAGUCACCUGCUCCACCUGAGAGAAAAACUACUCCAUCUCCUAAAACUAAGAGCUCUCAGACUGAUGCAUACCUAGAAGAGUCUGCAAAGGGAUUUCGGAAAUAUGAGGACGACUUCGAUCCGUAUUCUAUGUUCUCUGCGGACCAGAUUGGCGGUCGCGAUGUGAGACUGCUGAGAAUUAAAAAGAUUGGACAGCUUGACCUGGCUCUGGAGGGUGGAGCGGAUUCUCCACUGGGAAAGUUGGUUGUGUCAUCUUUGUAUGAAGGUGGUGCUGCAGAUACACAUGGUGGCAUAGUACCAGGGGAUGAACUCCUGGCUGUGAAUGGGAAAAUUCUGAUUGGUUCCACACUGAUUGAGGGCCAAAACUCUCUGGCUCGAGCCUGGAAUAGUGGAGGGGACUGGAUAGAUGUCGUGAUUGCUGUCUCCCCUCCAAAAGUCUAUGAAGAUGAAGUCCCUAAGUCAGCAUCAGUCAGUCCCACUGUGAACAGAAAGGUAGUGCAAGGCAGUGCCACACUGUACAGACAUGGCUACCUACUACAGCACUAGCCUUCCCUCCUCUCCUCCCUCGUGCUGGUAAUCCACAUAGUCUUCAAACCUCUUUUUCACUGCACGUCUCGGAGAGAUGUUUGCUGUGGCAUUUUGGUUUGUAUUCUUAAGCACAUGUGAUAGUCUCCUUGUCAAGAGAAAGUGUGAACCCACCACUUGUUUCCUUGUAUCCUUGAAGAACUGUCAGUGUGUCAGUCAAUGCAUUCAGUUCAGUUUUUUUUCUUGUCCUUCUUUAUGACUGCCUCAAGGCAAAAUGUUUCUGUAUUGCUGCACCACGUGUGUCACAACAAUACAGCUACACAGGCUAUUUAGGCCGAGGUAUUUGUAACUAAUGCAAUCAGUGACCCAUCCCACCAUAUAUCUGCCAGCUCUUGGCUAAGUGAGCUGUACACCCAGGUCACGGACACUUAUUAAAAGCAGCCUAAAAAGAAUCCUUGCCAGCCUUCAGCAGUUGUUCUGAUUGAUGUUGUUCCACGGGACUGUGACAGGUUCUGACUGACAUGGACACACAGGGACACUGGUUUACCACAGUAAAUAUUAAAACAUGUUUUCAGACUGACCACGGUGAUUUUAUGGUGAAAUUAUAUCACAAAAAACACUUUGAAAAAAGAAAACAUAAAAAACGAAUCCUUUGUUCAGUCUAAGACCUUUUUAUUUCUUGUUUCUCUCUGUUUUUACCUGCAUGUGUUUUAAUCUGACGUGACCAAAGACAUUUAUAAUACAGGUCUGUUUAGACCUUAUAAUAGAGGUCUGUUUAUAUAUCACAGCUUAUCUUUUUAAUGUGUACAUGUUGUUGUUGGAGACUGACAACAACAUUGAUUGUUCCUUUUUGUU